CAUAUCUCUCUCCCUUGUCACUUUUCUCACUCAUAUCUCUCUCUUCUUUACUUCACUGAUCUUUCCAGAAACCACCCUAAAAUCCUAAAAUAACCCCAAAAUUUCAGAGUAACCGGAAACCGGUAGGAAUAGAAGAGAGAGAAUGGCGGAUUGGGCACCGGUACUGAUAGGAGUUUUACUGUUCGUGUUAUUGUCACCGGGAUUACUGGUUCAGCUACCGGGUUACAAUCGAUCUAUUGAAUUCGGAGGUAUGAAGACUAACGGCAAAGCCAUCUUCGUUCACACUCUUAUUUUCUUUGGUCUUUAUACUAUUCUCACUCUCGCCGUCCAUAUUCACAUCUACACCGGCUGAUCUAAGAUCUAACGCUUCUUCAUUCUGCCUUUGUUUUAACUUUUAAAUAAAUAUUUGUUGAAUUUGUAUUUUGUACUUUGGGCAUGUAAAACCCUAAUUUUAGUGCUUAAUUAAUUAAUUAAUCAAUCAAUCAGACUCAUUGCUUCUUUCUUUUCUCCUUUGUUGUCAAAUUAGCAGUAAUUUGAGUAUAAAAUAAUAGCAAUGGCUGAAGAUUGGGUUCUUUUAA